UUUUCUACUAAUUCGGCGCGGGUGCUCGCCGGGAUGUCGCAUCGUAAGUUCUCAGCUCCCAGACAUGGAUCCCUUGGCUUUCUGCCCCGCAAACGCAGCCGUCGACAUCGGGGCAAAGUGAAGAGUUUUCCCAAGGAUGACCCCAGCAAACCCAUCCAUCUCACUGCCUUUCUUGGGUACAAGUCUGGCAUGACCCACAUUGUCCGGGAAGUGGACAGGCCUGGAUCUAAGGUGAACAAGAAGGAAGUGGUAGAAGCAGUCACUGUGGUAGAGACUCCUCCCAUGGUCAUUGUGGGCAUAGUGGGCUACGUGCAGACUCCCCGUGGCCUCCGCACCUUCAAGACCAUCUUUGCUGAGCACAUCAGUGAUGAGUGCAAGAGACGCUUCUACAAGAACUGGCACAAGUCCAAGAAGAAGGCCUUCACCAAGUAUUGCAAGAAGUGGCAGGAUGAGGAGGGCAAAAAGCAGCUAGAGAAGGAUUUCAAUAGCAUGAAGAAGUACUGCCAGGUUAUCCGGGUCAUAGCUCACACUCAGAUGCGUUUGCUUCCGCUGCGGCAGAAGAAGUCUCACCUGAUGGAGAUCCAAGUGAAUGGUGGCACCAUUGCUGAGAAAGUGGACUGGGCCCGGGAGAAGCUGGAACAGCAGGUGCCUGUGUCAACUGUCUUUGGCCAAGAUGAGAUGAUAGACGUCAUUGGAGUCACCAAGGGCAAGGGAUACAAAGGGGUCACCAGCCGCUGGCAUACCAAAAAGCUGCCUCGCAAGACCCACAGGGGUCUGCGGAAAGUAGCCUGCAUUGGCGCUUGGCAUCCUGCUCGCGUGGCUUUCUCUGUAGCCCGAGCUGGUCAGAAGGGAUACCACCAUCGCACAGAAAUUAAUAAGAAGGUCUACAAGAUUGGCCUUGCUUUUUUUUAG